UUCGUGGUUUGUGUUUUGUGUGGUUUUGUGCUUCGUCGUUGAGAAAGAUAAUAUUAAAACUAAUUACUGAAUAAUCGUAUUAUUAUUUUACAGUAAACUUAAUCACAAUUGGUUAAAGGUUAUAAUAAUUUUAAUUUUGUAUUAUUACUGUAAAGUAAAAUGUCUGGCCCAAUACAAGAUGUAGUUGAAGAAGAUGCCGCAGAUCUACAGUUUCCAAAAGAGUUUGAAAAUGCAGAAACGUUACUCAUAUCUGAAGUGGAUAUGUUAUUAGAACACAGAAAAGCACAAAAUGAGUCUGCUGAGGAGGAACAAGAAUUUUCAGAAGUAUUCAUCAAGACUCUAACAUACACAAACAUGUUUAAAAAGUUUAAAAAUAAGGAAACUAUCACUGCUGUAAGAAAUUUACUUCAAUCAAAGAAAUUGCACAAAUUUGAAGUUGCAAGCUUAGCCAACUUAUGCCCUGAAACACCUGAAGAAGCAAAAGCAUUAAUACCAUCUUUAGAAGGCAGAUUUGAAGACGAAGAAUUAAGAAUACUUUUAGAUGACAUACAGACCAAACGCAGUAUACAAUAUUAGAUAAACAAAAUUUACAAU